AUGCUGUCGAACACUUCCAUCGCCACCAGCACGGCCUCCAGUAUGUCCGUGUCUGCCGUACCUCGUCAGGUCCGCUUCUACACACACCUCAACACCCAUAUCUCCCUCAUCCCCAACACAUCUGCAAGGUCCAGUAUCGAGAUCACAGCCAACGCCUACGAUGACCCCAACUACGAAGUUCCUUCUUGUUCCCCAAAGCGCGUCACAAUUGUUGCAGACGUGCGCUCACCCAGCAGAUCCCGCGAGCACCACAGGAGACAGGCCCUCCUCCGACAUGCUGAACGCGGAGAAGCCUCCCUCGUCCGCGCGAAGCAAGAGGGCCUCAUCACGACUCUCCGCAAGAAAUGGUUUACAAAUGAUCCCAAGAAACCUCGUCUCGGUGAACUUGAUCUGUUGAAACUCGCUGUGUACCCGUACACGGGUGGUAUCAUCGAACGGCCUUCAUCCGAGUCCUCCUGUGUGGAUGAUUCGAGUAUUGCGAGUGUUCCGAUUAUCUGGAUUCCGCCGCCUCCGAUCGAGCUUGCGGACGUUAUUGGUCCGUGUCCGGGUACCAGGAAAUCUGCGCCUGAGUCGAAGCUCAGCCAGAUCGUGAAGAAGAGCAAGAACCUUUUCUCGAUCUCGCCUAAGAAGACCAAACAGAACGGACCUAAGAGGUUCCGCACUUCGCUCCCGGCAAUGCCCAGCAGAUUCACUGAAAAUUUCGAAGAUAUUGAACCCCUCCCGAGCCUCUCAAGUCUUCGUGAUGACUCUGGCCCGAGAUUGUCGGAUUGUAGCGGGGAUCUUCUUGCACAAGUCAGUUCUCUGGGCAGCGUGCGUUCAUCCGUCGAAUCGACCUCCUUGAGGUCUCCGCUUGAGGACUUUCACUCAGCCGUGUCGCACACGGAGAAAGAAGAGAGGGACUCCGACUCUGCGUUCGCGUGA